AUGGCAGCACGCCUAUGGAGCCGUUGUCGCGGCUGCGGACAGCAUGAAUGGAAUGACGUCCUCGAGCGGAGUGGCAGAUCCUGCUCCAAGUGUCAUCGGACUGUACGACUCCAUGUCAGCCGCUCCAAGUCUCCAGGAACCAAGCGUGUUAGUUUCGAGGAUCAGAAGGCACCUCAGGGCGACCCAGGCGUUGUCCCGAAGACCAUCCUGAAGUCGAACUCUGCCGUCAGUGAAGUUGGUCUCGGAGCCCUGGAACACCUAGCCAGCGCUAUCAAGGUCACCCACGGCCCAGUCAUCAAGCAUGCCUUGCAGCUCGAGUAUGCGAAGUUGGAGAGUCUUCGAGUUCGCGAGGCGGCUGAUCAGGACACAGCCGCCGAGGCGGUCCGCAAGGCCGACGCGGCCUGGCGCGACGCCGACACCAAGCACUCCCAGGCGGUGGCGCCUGUGACGCGCCUGAGAGGACUACUCUCCGCAGCGGAGAUCAAGGAGCAGGCGGCAGCGUUGCACCUUGCCAACGCCGCGGCGGUGAAGCAGGCAGCCGCCCGCCGACUGGCGCAGGCCGAGGGUGUUGUACAGGACGGCACCUCCUCCAAGCUGUUCCACCUCUCCUGGGACGAGAGCCUCUUCGCCGACGUCGCAGCCGCUGAGGAGCUCGACGAGGCCGAGAAGCAGCACAUGGCCUCGCUGGAGGCACAGCUCAAGGAGGCCAAGGCCAAUUUGUGCGACCGUGAGGAGGAGACUCGUGGCUGGCUUGACCGAGACGCGGAGCUCCGCAAGGCGAUCGAGGAUCGCAAGCUGAAGAAGCGCAUGGUGAACGGCCAGGCUGAGGCGACGAAGCUCCCGGCCGCCAAGUACGCCGUCGCCGAGGCCCUGAAGUAG